UUUAUCUGUCGAAAUAAAAUUGGAAUUAAAAAGUGAGGUUGAGGUUUGAGAUAGAACCUUUUGAAGAAUUUUCCUUGGAUUUCAAAACACGAGGUGUCUUUGUCGUAAGAUAAAGACACUAAUUAUUAAGUAUAUAUAGAAUAUCUAUAAAGCCCGUAACAUGCUUAUGGAAUUACCUGAUGAAAUCGAACAAAACGAUAGCGGAAUGGAGUCUUUGACCGCGAGCAAAGACGAUACACCAGAACGUAGACCCGAAGAUAUUUUCAUUACGCCAGUGGUGGUUGGAACAUCACCCAGCGCUGAUACUCAGCCUUCCUUAACUCUCAAAGAAUUUGACGAUGAACCAGAUGAAACAUUUUCUGAAAGAUUAUGGGGUUUGACAGAGAUGUUCCCUGUAUGUGUUCGCAAUGGUACCUACACAGUUACUACAAAAACAUGGAGUGGUGUUAAAAACCUUUACCAAUUAUCACGGUCUGUGAUGUGGGUUGUGGCUAGUUCAUCUGUUAUUCUCUUUGCACCAGUCAUAUUUGAAGUUGAAAGAGCACAGGUUGAGGACAUGCAAAAAUCACAACAAAAACAAGUGUUGCUGGGAACAAACGCUGCUAUGUCAGGGCCCGCACCUGGCAUGCCACCAAUGCCACGAUAAAUAAUAAUAUACCAAAUAAACUAUUAUAGAUAUUGUGUAAUCUGAAUUUACAUGUGUAUGUAUUUUCUUCAAAUGUCAACCUGAAUGCUUUAAUAUUAGUUUAGGUAAAAAUAGGUUCUUCAACUACAUCCUUCUGCAUCUAUUCGCAUUUCCGAUUUCUAAGUUUUUUUUAGAUGUAAUUAUGUUUAGUACCUAUAAUAUAUAUAUGAUGCAAAAAUUAAAUUUAAAUAUCAAUUACUAUUUUAUGUUGGUCACAUAAUUGGUUUGUAUAGUUUGAAUGGCAAUUGGAUAGUAUACAUAUUAUUUUGAGAGUGUAGAUAUUGUUUUGUUAAACAUCUAAUAGAGAAAAAUAAAUGUUAAAA